AUGGCGGACUCCUGUCCCCUGGGGACUACACAGCUCCUAACGGACCCGAUCGGAAACAUAUCCAGCCCCGGCCGCUACCCGGACUUCUACUCCAACAACGAGCACUGCGAGUGGAACAUCCGGGCACCGGAGGGGUACACCCUCAAGGUCACGUUCAAGGGCGUCGAGCUGAGCGCGACAGGGGAUCCGAGGAGGUCAAACUAUGUCGUUAUGUAUGAUAAGAGAAAAGGCGACGACAAUCUAUUGUACAGAUGGACAGGAAAAUCCACCAUGCACCGCCCUGCGCGUCCGGACCCGAUCAUCACCUACAGCAACCAAGUCUUCAUCAUGUUCGACGUCUUCGGAGAGGAAGACAAUGUCAAUUUGGAGGGAUUCUAUCUGGACUAUCGCUUUCUACCAGCAGGAACCCCCCAUCCCGGAGAGUGUGUGGACUACGGACCGAUCCGGAACGGCCGGAUAUUCCCGCCACACGGGCCGUACAGGAUACAAGACACGUUGCGGCUGGAGUGUGCGAGUGGGACGGAAUCCGCCUCCCCGGUAGGCGACCUGCUGCAGUGUGAACAGAAGGGGGACAACAGUUUCCCCAGAUGGGAGCUCGAGGCUGGCAAACUGCCGUCUGAUAUGGCCUGCAAAGCGAGGUGCAGAGGUAUUGACGAGAGUAGCGCGUACGGAGCCCUGCGCAGUCCCGGCUGGCCAGACCCGGACCAUGAGGAGCCAAACGGCAACUGUCAGUGGAUCAUCAACCCGAAGCCCGGCUACGGGCUGAGACUCCACUUCAACAGCACAGACUUCAGGACUGAUGAAGAGUACAUAGAAGUGAACGGUCGCAAUUUGGACUGCCAGCUGAACCAGAACCUGCCUUACCCUGAGGGAAAGACGCUCGAGGCGAGCCCUCAACAAGACUCCGGGCGGGUGACAGUUGCGUACUACGGCAGACUCAUCAGGGGGUCCAGUGUUGAGAUCUUCUUCUCGUCGGGCUACUGCAGCGAUCCCAAAAAUAUCCACCGCGGGUCGCGGGAGGAUUUCUCCUCCGCGCCAACCGCCGAGCGUGAUGGGAAGGUUUUCCUGCCGGGAGACCACGUGACGUACUCGUGUGACCCUGGGUACGAGUUGGUCGGACCGGCGACUCUGACCUGCACACAGGGAACGGUCUACAAGUACCAGUGGGACAACCACAGACCCUACUGUAGAAAAGCCAGCUGGCCGCCCUGUGUUGCCCCUACUCCAGUCCCCGAAAACGGAGCUCAGCAAAGCCCGGACGGAUAUGACGUAGGCAGCACGGUGACGUUCACUUGUAACCCCGGAUAUUACGUCAGCGGCUCCCAGGCGAGAACGUGCGGCCCCGGACCGGGCGGUACCUUGGUGUGGAGCGGGAUGCAACCGACAUGUGACCCAAGCAGGUACGUGGCUGUGUUCGAGUGCGACCCGGGUUACGUCAUGACGUCAGGAUCACCUGUGCGCACCUGUCGUGAUGAUGGCACGUGGGACGGGGAAACACCAGUGUGUGGAGGGCCACCCGCGAAGCUGAGACAAACGGUAAACACAGGAGCGGCGAUCGGAGGAAGUGUCUCCGCCGUUGUGCUUGUAGCUGCUGUUGUCGGCAGUGUUUACUGCUACCGCAGACGGCUGGCCAAGGAGGGGGAGAUGAGUGACUGGCACUGGCUACAUAUGGACUCCAGCCAGCCGUAUCGAUCCACAACGCAGCCGGAGACAGGUCACGUGGAAGAGCCCUUUUCUCUGGACGGCGGGCUUCUGAUGGAUGACAUCACAUCCAUGGUGAUAAGUGACGCCCCUUGGGGACACAACCCUGCAUUUCAGGACGAUUAG